AAACCUACAGUACAUAUAUCACAACACAAGAGUGAGACCUUUCCCGAAUUGUUCUGAUACACUGCUCAAUUCGCCAUACACAUAAUACAUCAGUAUGUUAUUUCAAUGAAAUGUCAGCUUUUACAGACAGCAGAUGCAGCCGGGUGUCUGUUCUUCUCCCAGGUGUCCGUCUGCCUCUGACAGCUUUCCACUCAGCCACCUAGACCCAGCUGAAUGUGGAAGUGAGACCUCGGUUGAUCAACAGAAACAAGAACGAGCCGAAUUCUCCACGAUGAGCUCUGUCGUGAGCUUCUACUUUUCUUACCUGCUAUGCCUGUGCCUGGGAUUCGUCUGUGUGGCGUGUGUGUGUUACUGGAACAGCCAGUGGAGAGGUGGCUUCGCCUGGGAUGGCUCAACCCUCCAGUUCAACUGGCACCCCGUCCUGAUGGUGUCCGGCCUGGUGGUGCUGUACGGCUACGGAGCGGUGUUGUACCGUGUCCCGCUGACCUGGGGUCAGAACAAGCUUCCCUGGAAGCUGCUGCAUGCUGGAGUGAUGCUGCUGUGCCUGGUUCUGUCUGUUCUGGGGCUUUGCGCUGUGUUUAACUUUCACAACGCCAAACACACUCCCAAUCUCUACUCCUUGCACAGCUGGAUCGGAAUUUGCACUACAGCUCUUUUCGCCAUGCAGUGGGCGGUGGGUGUGGCUGGCUUCCUCCUGCCCUGCUCUCCCAUGGCACUACGUAAGCUGCUGAAACCCGUCCAUGUGUGGAUGGGAGCCAGCAUACUGUCUCUUAGCAUUGUGGCUUGCAUCUCUGGGAUCAAUGAGAAACUCUUUUUCGUUCUGCGUGGAAACACCACUCAGGCAUACGCCUCACUUCCGUCUGAGGCUUUGUUUGGAAAUUCACUGGGAGUUCUGCUGGUGGUCUUUGGCUUGGUUGUCUUAAUGAUUUUAUCCAAUCAGAAAUGGCAGAGACCAGAGUCUAGACCUGAGGAUAUGACUUACAGGCCAUUGCUUCAAGAAGACAAUUAAUGACAGCAAUGAAAGAAAUCUCAGAAAUGCUUGCAGCCUCAAACUUCUCAUUGCAUUCAUGCUCAGGAACAUAAGUUGCCUAAAAAGCUGAAAAGUGAAAUCCUGAAUGUAAAAGCCUUUGUCCGUCCAUUGCUUUAAGAAAUGAAAUAUCUAUGUCACUUUUGGAUGUAAAUAUUAAUUGUAUAUUCUAUUUAAAAUUGCUGUCUUUGUUGCACAAAAAUAAAAAUGUGCUCAAUGUC